UGUAUUCAUGAUGUGAGGUUCUUCGAUAAAAAAAAUCAUUUUGAGAAGCAAAUGGUUCAAAGUUUCGAAAAGCUUUGCUUCUCCGUAUGGUUUCUGUUUUCAACUCAAUUAUUAUAUGGCGCUUUUCCAUUGCAUGAGAGUACCGUUGUUAUUCAAGGUACAGAUUUAAUUACUAACAAAAUUAGGUAGUUUUAUCUCGUAGAUUUAAUGAAUUCCGAGUUCGCUAAGAAUUCAAUGAAAUUUGAAAAGUUUUUAAUAAUAAAAAAAUUUAGCAACUCUUUCUUUUAACAGCUCAGGGUCCAACGUUUGCUUUCAACGAAUCAAAUUAGUCGUACUGCGCAGCCGUCACCCAGCGUAAUUAAUAUUCAUGAGGCCAGCUUUUACCAUAGUAGGAUCCGUAAGUUUGCCCCACUACAAUACACUGUCCUUUACCGCGAAAAGUGCAGUGCUUUUCCUAUGGGGAGACUGCGCGUUGGUUAGCACAAUAAUGGCUGCUGCUUAUUCGGAAAAAGAGGAUAGUUUGCAAGCAAAUAAUGAAAGUUCGUCCUCUGAAUAUGAGAGUAGUGCAGUUCAAGUGGUCAGCAAUGAUCCAGUAAGUAACAUCUUUAAUGCCGACAUGUUUAACGCUAAUGGAGAAAUGGAGUUACGUCCUAGUGGCCCAGUACUGGAGAGAGAGGACCACGCCGAAGUUGUUGCAAGCAAUGCUGAUGUUCCACCAAUUAAGAUUAAAGUAGAAAACGUGGAGGAAGAUGAAUGUGUUGCUGUAUCUCUGCACGAGGUCGAGGGAGAAGAUUUGGUUGACAGGACUAGUAAUGAAGAGUCUUCUGAGAGAGAUAACAUUGACAAAGGGGAUGGGCCAUUUCGCUGCGAGGAGUGCAGUGUGGCCUUUUGGAACAAGGACGCUUACCUAGAGCAUCGUAGUGAGCACACCCAUGAUGGUCCGAUAGUCUGCCUGGACACAGAUUCACAAUGGGAUGACCUGCUCGUCUCGACGGACGGAGGCCAGAGGACAUUAUGCUGUGCUCUGUGCGGACAAAAAUUUUCAAGCUCAAAAGGGUUUUUCAACCAUCAGCUUAAGCACCAAAAUCAAGCGGUUAAACAAGAAAUGAAUGCUGGCUUUGGUGUGGGUACGAUAAAACAGAAAGAUUAUGAGUGCAAGGAUUGUGGCAGAACGUUUUACAAUAUGGGUCAGUGUCUCAAUCAUCAGCGCUCUCAUAAACAGGCCUCAAAGUCUGUGUUUCAUCAGCUUGCUCAGUUAAAGAAAAAAUCCUUCGAGUGUCCCACCUGUGGACGCUGUUACUCUCGGGCUUCAGCCCUCGAUGCACACCAGCGCUGUCAUGAGAUAAAGCUGGUAAAAUCCAAAAAAAUUGAAACGGCUCAAAAACCACCCCCACCAAAUGAGGCUCCAGGUCAAGGUGAAGACCUUGACGCAAACCCUAAACAGUCUGUGGAUAAUCAGCAAAAGGUUUUUAAGUGCAUCUGUGGCAAAACUUUUCGGGCUUUGUGUGGCCUUGGAACGCACCAGAGAUUCUCAAGAGGCUGUUCAGUAGGGCAGGUCAAGGUCAAGGUGAAGGUGAAGGAGCAAAAGAAACGUCAAUUUGAAUGCUCUGAAUGUGAGAAGACUUUUGUUAGCUCUGUGGCUUUGACAACCCAUCAGCGCUGGCAUAAAAGACGAGCACAAUCUGGACAGCCAUGUAAAUGUAAAGAGUGUGGCAGGAGCUUCACUUCGCUCGCAUUCCUCAACAGGCACCAGAAAUUGGCUCACAGCAAAGAGCUUCCAGCAAAAUCAUUCCUUCAACAAGUUUGCCAGCUUAAGAAGAAGAGCUUUGAAUGUCAGGAAUGUGGCUGCCGGUUUUCACGGAUGUCAGCUCUGCAGUCACAUCAGCUCUGUCAUACCGAUGUCUUCCGUAAUGUCAUGAAAGGUUCAGAAACUAGCAUAUUAGAGAUGUACCAAAAUGAGGCACAUGGAAUUGAUGACUUUGCUUCUAGGACCACCAAAUAUUCACAUGACAUCUCUCACACUCAAGCACCAGAGGAAAAUUACAAUGUGAUCGAUGUUGAGAAUGAAGAAGUUGAUUAUGAAAUUGUCCACAUCACAGAACCAGAUAUUGUUGAGAGUAGUAGUGGUCAGGAUCAUAAUCCUGAUCUUGAGCUAGUGUGUGAAUCGGACCAAGAGGAAAUGAAUGACAUAAGCGUCAGCUUAAUUCAUAGAGCUGAACCUACGCCCUCCUCCGUGCAGCUGCCUCCAGAAAUCGAUGUGACAAUUGUAAAGAUUGAUUAUGAACUUUUAAAUAGUGAAGCAUUAAAAAAUGAUGUAGUUUUGAGCAAAAGCCCACUUGAAGAGUCUGGAAAUUAUAACUGUCCACACUGUGAUCAAACGUUUGUCAAAGCCUCGUCCUUGCAUGGUCACAUGCGUUGCCACCGAAAAAGCUCUGAGGUUCCUUACAAAUCUACUACAGACCAGCUCGAAAAUCUGCAGAAAAGCAACUUUAAAUGUGAAGAGUGUGAUCUCAGUUUUUCCAGAUUGUCUGCAUUGCGUUCUCACCAACAGAAUCACAAGCUGUUUGUUUGCUUGCAGUGCAACAAGAGCUGUUCAAGUGCAGGUGGUCUAAGCAAUCAUCAAAAGUUUUGUUGUGGAAGAAAACCCGACAUCAGUGAUGUAAAAGAUGACAAGAAUAAGAAUUUCAAUCCAUCCAAGUCGCUUUUGGGCCCAAAGGUUCAUCACUGUAAAAAAUGUGGUAAAGGUUUUUGGUCGUUGGGAGCUUUCUAUCAUCACAAGCAAAACCACAUGCAGUGUGCAGAUGUUGAGAAAACAAGACCUGCUCCUGAAAACAGUCACAUUCGACGCAAGAAAAAGGCCCGCGGCAAUAGGUUUGGACAGAAACAACCGAAUGUGAAUUCAAAUGAGAAAUAUGAAUGUGAGGUGUGUGGGAAAUCAUACCACAUGCUCGGUUGUUUUCUUAAACACAGGCUCGUUCAUGACCCCAGUCGCAAACCUGCUAUCAAAUCUUUUGACUAUCAACUUGAACAUUUACAGAAGAACUCCUACCCAUGUCCUGACUGUGGUAAAGUUUUCUCCCGUGCCAUGGCCCUUCAGUUUCACAUGAAAAGCCAUGGCUUUGACACUGGCAUUCCUGCAUCUGCUAGUUUGCCACCGAGUCCUGAGAAACUCCGAUGCAUGACAUGCCAAGCUGAUUUUACAUGCGAGUCAUUGCUGCAGGAUCAUCAGAAGUGCUGUUCAAAACUGAAAAACAAUGCGGGUGAUCCAGGACAAUGUGAAAAAAAUGAAAUAGAGGUGCAAAUUGAAUCCUCUCAAAAUGUUGAAGAUGGACUGGUAUGUGAGGCAGAUUCUGGAAAAGAACAGAAAACUAAUUUAGCCAAGUUGAAAUACAAAUGUCAGGACUGUACCAGAAGCUUUUCUGUAAUCGGUGCACUUAAUUUUCAUAAAAGGAUUCAUCUCAAAAGUUAUGCAUCUAAAAAGCUAAAUGCUAAAGCAGCAAAGCAACUGAAGGUUAACCAAAUGCAACCCAAUCCAAGUUUAGCAAAAACUCCUUUUGCUUGUGUGGAAUGUGGAAGAUACUUUAUCUCAAAUUCAGCUCUUGGCACACACAGGCGAUGGCACACAGACAAAAAGUUUGCCAGAUUUUUGUCAAAGAAAAAAAGUGUGGAUGGUGGUCCUUAUUUAUGCAAUUUAUGUGGGAAAGGAUUUUUCUAUCUUUGUGUUUUACGCAGACAUCAGCGAAAUCAUCCUCCUGUUGAGGCUCAACACCAACAAGAGCAAAUUCAACCAAAAGAGAGUUUUACUUGCCCAGAUUGUCAGAUGUCUUUCUUAAGUGGGUCUUCUCUAAUGACUCAUUUUGCAGAAUGUCAUGGCAAGCUUGCUGAGAACGAUAAACUACAGUGUCAGAUUUCCUAUACUUUAGAAUCUGGUCCGUCCAUUGAGAAGCCGUACACAUCCAAAAUGAAUAUCGCUAAGCAGGACAAGCCGAAGGCACGGUAUCAUCGGUGCUCUCACUGUCCUAAACGCUUCCCAAAUGAACGCGGUCUUCGUGCACACCAAUGGCAGAAACAUUUUCAGGAUGCAUCUACUGAGGAGAAGCCAAAACCACCUUUUGCUUCUAAAGUGCCUCCUUAUAAUCAUAAAGAUCUGAAACCAUCUACAGAAGAGGAACUUGCUCAGCACAGUCAGAUUUUAGAAGUGACUAGGAAAUGUUUUUUCAAAUGUGACAAAUGUGCUAAAGAUUUUCCAAGUGAGGAGCAGUUAAAUGCACAUAAGGAGCUGGCAAAGAGUCGGCCACACUCGUGUGCUCUUUGCUGUCGUGGUUACUGGAGUGAAAGCCAGCUACAGCAGCAUCUUGCAUGGCACGAUGAAGAACGCCGGCGUCUCCCGACCGAACUGCGAUACAGACUCGGUGCUUCCAUGACAUCUAAAGUCAAGCAGCCCAUUCCACUUGCAAAUACACACCCUAACUAUAAAUGUCAGCAUUGUGAUAACAGUUUUUUGUCACUUCGUGCAUUGCAGGAGCACCAGGUUGUUCACACAUCUGAUGAGCCGUAUAAUUGCUCUCUGUGUCCACAGACUUUUAGUGAUGUCAGAGAUCUUAUUGACCACCAUCAGGAUUGCUUGGGUGACAAGGAAAGACAAACAAAGACGUUUUGCCCAGAAAGUGUUGCUGGGAACAUGGCGUGCAUUGAGUGUGGGAUUACCUUUAAACAGGAGACAGAUCUGCAUCAGCAUUAUAUUGAACAUGCACGUGGAGUGGUCUAAAACUUGAAUGUAUGUAUGUAUAUAGAUGGAUUACUUGUACUACUGGUGGAUCAUAGUUUACUAUAUAUAUACACUGAUUUAUUUUAACACUCGGUUAGCACUGUUUUGUUAAAUGGGAAUGAUGUAAAACUAUAUACAGUAGAGAAAGAAAAGUUUAGACUUCUGAUAAAUUUGUUGUAGGGAGAUGGAAACAUGGAUCCUGACAUCAGAGUAUUACUGAAAAAAACCCUAAAAUUGUACUUUUUCAAUGAUGCCCAUGAAAUUACAUUGUUCAUAACUUACUAUAUCAAAUAAAAAAAUGAUGUACUUGGA